CGGCGAGCGAGCGAUCCAAGGCGCGGACUGAAAGGCAGUCAUAGAGACAGACAGGCGAGCAGCCAGCUUCGACAGUCCGGGAUUGGCUCCCCGAGGUCGAGGCAGAAGUUUAGGACACCGAUCGUCUACUCGUGUUUCACACUCCAUUAAGGGCUCUCCAGUCAUGUUGACGUUUUCAUUGUUCAGUGCUGUUUCGUUGUUCGCCCUCGCGCAAGGUGGCCUUUUCAACCCUGCGAAAUGUUCAGAGGGCUACCAGGACAUCAGCAGCGUACUUCUCAGAUUCGACAGAAUACAGGGAGCGAGAUCCAGUCACUAUCCGUACACUCGGGGCCCCCAAAUGCGAUGUAUAGGAGAUUACUGCGUACGAAGCAUGCACGCCGCUGUUUGCUUCGCUAAACAGGUACCGAAGAGACCCGAAGAAGCCUACGACUUUGAUUGUCAACCGAUCGGACUUCCCUCAGGAUUUGACUUGACAUCGUAUGAGAUAGACUGCGAGGGCGAACUACCCUCGUCCAUCCACGAAUACAGCCUUUGCGCAUACAAAGAAUCGUGCAUUUUGAAUUACGAAUUGACACCGACGGACCUCGCGGCCAAGAGUAACGCCAUACUACUCUCCUUCCUGUUCAUCUUUGCGCUGCUGACGACUCUGACGACUUAUUUCUGUGUGCGUUUCUUGAAUCGCUUCUUCCCACGGAACAGCUACCGCCGGCCUCCACCUUACGAUCCUUUCGAACACUUCCACGCUCAUUACAAACACGGUGUUACACUGGACCCGAAGAGAGUUACGCCGUUGUGUUAGCCCAAUCGUAGUCCCAGCGGGAUGUGGACGACAUGAGAGGGACAUCCGGUGUCGGAUUCCCUUAUAGGCUGAGGAGGCUAUAGCCUUGGGUGGCAAAAUUUCUGGAGACAUCCUCCUAGAGAGCCUCCCUUCCCGUCCCUGAUCAGAGUAGGCGGCCGCAUGAGAUUAGCCUCAACGCGGCAAAAUCCUGAAUUCGGCACUGGGUACAUUUGUAUGUAUGAUUCCUGAGCAUAUACAAAGUAGUAGCACACCGAGCUGUCGGAGGUCACUCCAUCGAGGGAAACGAUUAUUAUUUAUCAAUCUGCGAUCUCGCUCGGAAGCUAUCGCUACAAACCUAGACCUAUUUUACCUACGUCGUGCAUUUCACCAGAAUAAAGUUCGUCGAGCUGACGAUGUUUGACCAGUUCACAUCCUGA